AUGGGGAAACCAAAGAAUCAACCUCGUAUCAAAGGAAAUGUACAACCAGCUAGCAGCAGCCGUGCGGCUGAAAUUAUUGCAACGGGUGGAUCUCAAGUUCCCGCAGGAAAUUUGGGAGGUUUUGCCCAAUUCUUGGGUGGAGCACCCUUUUCGGCGUCAAAAUCCCUUUCAACUGAAGCCACAGUUGAUAAGAUGACCGAUGUCAACUUGGAUCCAACUUUAGUGCUUAUUUUUAAAAGAUUGUCCAAACGUGAUACCACUACAAAAAUGAAGGCUCUAGAGGAACUUGAAGCAUAUUUAAGAGGAAAGGAGGAAAAUGAAAUUGAUUUGGUCAAUAUAACAGGUGUAUGGUCCAAGUUUUUUGUCAAAUUAGCAAUUGAAGUGGAUCGUAGAAUACGCUAUACAACAUACACUUGCCAUUUGUUAAUAGUAUCUAAGGUUAAAAAACGGCUUGCAUCUAGUCUUAAAGAAAUAAUUGGUGUGUGGAUAAUAUCAUUAUUUGAUCAAUACAAGGACGUUGCCCGAAUGGCGAUGGAAUCUUUUCAAACAGCAUUUCCUGCCGGAAAGCGAGUUGAAGUUCUAAUCUUCUGUCAGAUGGAAAUUUUAUCUUAUAUUUCGGACACGAUAAUCCACAAAACGCCAGAGACAUUAAGUGAUCCUAGGUUUACAUCAAAAGAAGAUAUGAUUUCGAAAUAUGAUAGAGUUGUUGCUUGUUCAUAUUACUCUCUUGCGCACUUGAUAGACCAGCUAAAUGAAGACUCAUUGUUAAAAGCUGCACAACAGUAUGAUGAUUUAUUUGAUAAUCCAAAGACUUGGACAAAUUUAACUAGCAGCAAUCCUCUUGUCCGUAAAUCAUGUUACAAUUUGAUAAAGGUUUUGACUAAUAAAUGGCCAAAAAAGAUUGAAGAUCGUUUAGAUGAUUUUAGCACGAUGUAUUUAAUGAAGAUAUUUAAUGACAAAGAUAUUACCGUUUAUGGCGAUUUAUGGGACUCUCUAUUAGUAUUCACUAAUAGUUUUCCUGAGUCCUGGUUACUUGCCAGUAAAACAAAGCCAAUGCUCAAUAAAUUCUAUAAUUUCCUUCGAUCAGCAUGCUACGGAUCGGUUUCUGUCUCUUACCCGAAUAUUUUGGUAUUAGUUAGUCAUUUUCCUCACGAGUCUGAAAAUGAAAAGCAAACACGAGCCUAUUUACUUGAAUGUAAAUUUUUUGAGUUACUCAAGUUAUAUUUUACGGAUUACAAGUCUUGUGAAAAGUUCCAAGUUCAACAAAUGUGCUCAAUUCUUGCAAACAAUAUGAAUCAAUUAACUAUAAACUUGGAAGGGACAGAUGUGUCGGAUAUAUUGCCACAUAAAUUGCAAAGUCUUAUUGUCAAUGUGAUAAACGAUGAUACUAUUUUAAAUUCUGAAUCCAAGUUAGAAGAUAAUUUCAAAGAAUUUUGUCAAAGACUGGCUGAUUUCUUUGUUGCUUUAUCAUCAAUGGUUAAAACUGAGAGUAGACAAGAAAAUUCCAAUGAUGCGGUUACAAACAUGGUUUCUCUGUUAGCCGAAGAUGUUUUUUGUGUUUCGUUAUCAAAAUGCAAAGAAAAUAAUGAAGCUCAAUGCAAUUGGAAUAGGCUUGUACAAUCCUUUCUUGAAAUAGAACCGUUGGAGUCAAAACUGGAUGGACUCUAUAUUUUGGUCUCUAAAGUUGUUGAUAUAAAAACCUCCAUCUCUUUUUUAGUUGAACAAUUAAAUGAAUAUUUGAUUGCUCUUAGCAAUCAGUCGUUGUAUCAACAUUUUGGAUCCACUACAAGAACAAAAAUCGAAAAUCUACUAUGUAUUGUGUUCUUAUUUAAAGGUUCGUUAUUAAUGUCUGAAACCAAGUUAAAAAUUCUGAAUGACUUGGCGAAAGCAAUCAUUAGUUGUUCGAAUGGUUACUAUAUAGUUGAAGAUUCGAUCAUAUCCAAUGAAGUUGCGUUAUCGGUUUUGCAUAUAUUUGCAAAACUAUUUAAAGAUGGAGAAUUCAUCGAAUUUUUUCUAUGUUCAGAUUUGCUGCUAGUUUCAGGACAAAUCUUUGAGUUAACCUUUGUAAAUCCCCAUGAAGGUUUUAACACAGAGGUCAUAAAUAAUAUUCAGCAAUUGGCCCAGGAGUGUUGGGAUCGAAUUGUAAUAUCAUCACGAUCUCAUCCUCGAGAGGCUAUCUUAAUAAACAACGUAUCACGACAAAUAAAAUCAUCAUUGCUAAAUGCUCAUUAUUCUGCAAGUCCUACAGAUUUUGCAUUACGUGUAAAGAAGCUAUGUUCAUUUUAUGAAAAUGAUUGUUUAAAAUCGCAGGAAAUCAUCAAAUUAUUUCAUAUAGACAAUGAGAUAUGGCGCGAACUCAGUGAACCUUUUCUUUCUUCGAUUGACCCAUCUCUAAGUAUCGUUGAUCCAAUGAUACUACCGUUUAAUAUUGGUCAACGAAAUGGUCAGCAAAAUGAUGGCCAAACAACUAUCGUUGCUUAUGAUUCAUAUGGGUUGAGUGUUUAUGGACGCUUAGGCCUCUUUUUGAUCGAACUUAUUCAUAAAAUUGGUGUAGAUUCUUUUUUUUUUGGGAGUCAUAAGAAAAUAGAUAAACAGGAUGAUAUAUCAUAUUCACAUUGUAAUCGAAUUCUUUUGGAAUUGUUGCUUGUAUAUGUGUUGUGUACGGACAUUCGUCGUUCCCGUAAAAGUGAUCACCAUUUGUGGGACGCCUUUAAUGUAGAGGAGAGUGAUUAUCGCGGAUUCAAAGCAUUUUUGGUGGAUGUUCGUUUGAUCGUCAAAAACUACACUUUACAAAUGUUACAAAAUGAACAAUUAGAUGUUAAAUUCAUUUUAAACAACCUAUACUCAACUGUGAUUUCCCACAAUGUUCAACAUAAUGGUAUAUCGGGUUUGCUUUGUGAGGCAGUAAAAAGAUCACAUAGCGAGAAUUCUGUGUAUUGGGCGAGAGUUUUACAUAUUUUGUACUCCGAAGUAAUUUCUGCAGCAAGUAUUUCCUUCAAGCAAGCUGAAGAAUUUUUAGAUGUGAUAAAAUUGGAGCAUAUGAAUUUGAUAACAAAAAUGGCAUUUAUUUUAUCGUUGAAAAGUUUUCUUGAUGCUUCCACAAAAUAUAAAGAUUUCCAAAAUGACUUGGCUGUAAAACUGAUCAGCUUGGAUCCAGUGGAAAUAUUUCGCACAGAAAGUUUAGAGAACAAUGAUGGGUUGAUGUGUCUUUGUUUGUUAAUAACUUCAACUUCAAAAGAAGAUGAAAUUUUUUUAUCUCCAGAUAGAAGUAUUAAUUUAUUGAUUAGAAUUCAGGAAUGGAGCAAUAUUGUGGAUCCAAAUAUCUGGUCUAUACCCACGUUUUCCUCAAUACAUAUUUUGAUUGCCAAACUUUUGUGCCCUCUUGUAACGACUAUACAAGAAUUUAGUGGAAAUCAUUGGAAUUUCAUUUUUGAACUUCUUCAAUAUUGGUUACAAGAAACUUCACGAUUAGAACUUUUAUAUGAAGCAAUUCACAUAUUCCGUCAACUAAAUAGUAUAGCUGCGUACUCUACUAAUAAAAGUGAUAUCUACACUGACAACUCUGCAGAAGACACCAACAAUAGUUUGACUUCCAAGCUGAUUACCUAUAAAACGUUACUUUAUCAACAAAUAUCUUUAUUAUUGUUCCAAGAAAAAGCUCAUCGGGACGAGGUUUUUUCAUAUCAAUACUGUACAUAUUUGGAAAUUUUAUGCGAAGUAUGUCAUGAUUUGCCAAAAGAAAUUCUUGCGAAUAAGAAAGAUGAGCUUUAUGCCCUGUUACUUAUUCCUCAUGAGGGAAUCCAAAAAUGUGCAUACAAGCUCGCACAUAUCUUGGUUAACGAACAAGUCUUGUCUGAAUGGUUUGAAUUUCUCGGAACUUCAGACGAAUCGAUUCCCGUACAGUUUGAUCAGGGUUUGAAGUCCGUGCUCAUUGAAAUGCAUCAAAAUGAUAAUUUAAACUUAAUGCAUACAGUAAAUCCUAAUUCUUUUACAUCAAAUUUCAAGUCACAGCUUAUCUUAUGCAUUAAAGAGAUGGAUAUUAGCUCAAAAUUCUUCUACCAAAUAUUUGAGACACUUGGCCAUAUGGGACAAACAACGCCUUACAAUUUGUCAAAAUGGGAUGUUAGAGAAUUCUAUAUUGAAGCUUUUGAACUUCAAUUUAGUGCUGUAUUUGGUUUUCCUUUGCUUUGUGCACAUUUAUACUAUCGAUCUCUUAGACAAAUUCCUUCAAUUGUUAGAACGUGGUGGUCAGACUGUAAAAAACGUCAAUUGAGUAUCAGUGUCGAUAGCUACACGGAGAAAUAUUUUAGUCCAAUAAUAAUCCAAGGCCAACUUGAUAUGCUUCAAAGUGAAGAUGUCAAGUCACAACUAGAAGACGAAAAAUUUACUAUCAGAAUUGCUCGUAGCUCUAACGAAGUAAUUGCCGCUUUUAAUGUUGAUGAAUAUAUAAUGGAACUUAGUGUUCGAAUGCCAAAUAAUUUCCCGUUGCGCCAAGCAGAGUUUAGCACACUUGAAAGGAUGGGUACAACGGAAGUUAAAGAUCUAAAAUGGGCAAAAUUACCAGUUCAGACCAUAGUUAAUUCCCAGAACAGCAAUUUGGACGUAGCAUUGAAUUUAUUCAAGAAUAAUAUCAAUCUUCGAUUCCGCGGAGUCGAAGAUUGUACUAUUUGCUACUCUGUAGUGAGUCUUGAUGAUCGGUCAUUACCCACCAAAAAGUGUAAUACAUGUAAAAACCGAUUUCAUGCGUCAUGUCUUUAUAAA